AUGGAGCGGGUAAACGACGCUUCCUGCGGCCCGUCUGGCUGCUACACAUACCAGGUGAGCAGACACAGCACGGAGAUGCUGCACAACCUGAACCAGCAGCGCAAAAACGGCGGGCGCUUCUGCGACGUGCUCCUGCGGGUAGGCGACGAGAGCUUCCCAGCGCACCGCGCCGUGCUGGCCGCCUGCAGCGAGUACUUUGAGUCGGUGUUCAGCGCCCAGUUGGGCGACGGCGGAGCUGCGGACGGGGGUCCGGCUGAUGUAGGGGGCGCGACGGCAGCACCAGGCGGCGGGGCCGGGGGCAGCCGGGAGCUGGAGAUGCACACUAUCAGCUCCAAGGUAUUUGGGGACAUUCUGGACUUCGCCUACACUUCCCGCAUCGUGGUGCGCUUGGAGAGCUUUCCCGAACUCAUGACGGCCGCCAAGUUCCUGCUGAUGAGGUCGGUUAUCGAGAUCUGCCAGGAAGUCAUCAAACAGUCGAACGUACAGAUCCUGGUACCCCCUGCCCGCGCCGAUAUAAUGCUCUUUCGCCCCCCUGGGACCUCGGACUUGGGCUUCCCUUUGGACAUGACCAACGGGGCAGCCUUGGCAGCCAACAGCAAUGGCAUCGCAGGCAGCAUGCAGCCAGAGGAGGAGGCAGCUCGGGCGGCUGGUGCAGCCAUUGCAGGCCAAGCCUCCUUGCCUGUGUUACCUGGGGUGGACCGCUUGCCCAUGGUGGCUGGACCCCUAUCCCCCCAACUGCUGACUUCCCCAUUCCCCAAUGUGGCAUCCAGUGCCCCUCCCCUGACUGGCAAGCGAGGCCGGGGCCGCCCAAGGAAGGCCAACCUGCUGGACUCAAUGUUUGGGUCCCCAGGGGGCCUGAGGGAGGCAGGCAUCCUUCCAUGUGGUCUGUGUGGUAAGGUGUUCACUGAUGCCAACCGGCUCCGGCAGCACGAGGCCCAGCACGGUGUCACCAGCCUCCAGCUGGGCUACAUCGACCUUCCUCCUCCAAGGCUGGGUGAGAAUGGGCUACCCAUCUCUGAAGACCCCGACGGCCCCCGAAAGAGGAGCCGGACCAGGAAGCAGGUGGCUUGUGAGAUCUGCGGCAAGAUCUUCCGUGAUGUGUAUCAUCUCAACCGGCACAAGCUGUCCCACUCUGGGGAGAAGCCCUACUCCUGCCCUGUGUGUGGGCUGCGGUUCAAGAGAAAAGACCGCAUGUCCUACCAUGUGCGGUCCCAUGAUGGGUCCGUGGGCAAGCCUUACAUCUGCCAGAGCUGUGGGAAAGGCUUCUCCAGGCCUGAUCAUUUGAACGGACAUAUCAAGCAGGUGCACACUUCUGAGCGGCCUCACAAGUGUCAGACCUGCAAUGCUUCUUUUGCCACCCGAGACCGUCUGCGCUCCCACUUGGCCUGUCAUGAAGACAAGGUGCCCUGCCAGGUGUGUGGGAAGUACUUGCGGGCAGCGUACAUGGCAGACCACCUGAAGAAGCACAGCGAGGGGCCCAGCAACUUCUGCAGUAUCUGUAACCGAGGUUUCUCCUCUGCCUCCUACUUAAAGGUCCAUGUUAAAACCCACCACGGUGUUCCCCUUCCCCAGGUCUCCAGGCACCAGGAGCCCAUCCUGAAUGGGGGAGCAGCGUUCCACUGCGCCAGGACCUAUGGCAACAAAGAAGGCCAGAAAUGCUCACAUCAGGAUCCGAUUGAGAGCUCUGACUCUUAUGGUGACCUCUCAGAUGCCAGCGACCUGAAGACGCCGGAGAAGCAGAGUGCCAAUGGCUCUUUCUCCUGCGACAUGGCAGUCCCCAAAAACAAAAUGGAGUCUGAUGGGGAGAAGAAGUACCCAUGCCCUGAAUGUGGGAGCUUCUUCCGCUCUAAGUCCUACUUGAACAAACACAUCCAGAAGGUGCAUGUCCGGGCUCUCGGGGGCCCCCUGGGGGACCUGGGCCCUACCCUUGGCUCACCUUUCUCUCCUCAGCAGAACAUGUCUCUCCUCGAGUCCUUUGGGUUUCAGAUUGUUCAGUCGGCAUUUGCGUCAUCUUUAGUAGAUCCUGAGGUUGACCAGCAGCCCAUGGGGCCUGAAGGGAAAUGAGGCAGCUGCUGCGUCCCCAUGGAAACAGCCAUUUGGGGACUGCUGGGAAAUGCUGUGAAUGCGGAGGGAAGUGAUGUUUGGGUUCUGUAGCUGAGAGAUUUUUAUUCAUUUUUAACUGCCCCCCAACCCCACUCCAACUCCUUCUCCACCACCCAUUCUCCCAAUGGUCUUUAGAAAUAGAUUUUCAUCUGAUAUUCUGCAGAAAUAUCAAUGAGACUUGGUAUGGGACAGGGGCAGAAAACACUACAUAGGCCUCCAAGGCAAAACCAGUCCCAGUUUCUCUAAUGGGAAGAAGCUGGAAUUCCUGGUGCUCAAUUCUUAGUGACCCCAAUCCUAUACCCAAAUCUAUGAUAUUCUGGGACCUCAGUGAUUUUGGUCCCCUCCCACUUCUCUAGUUCGUCAUCCUCCCUUCCCAUAUCCUUCAAAAGAACCACACUAGGGUCUCCACCCACUUAUACAAUGCGGAUGCCCAACUGUUUUUAAGGAAGCCAGAAGCAUCCCAUGGACCAUGGGGUGAGUGUCCUCCAAGAGCCCCCUGAGCUCAGCCCUCUUCCUAGAGGGCUCCAGACCUUCCUGAGCCCUGCUUGGAGGUGAGCAUUUUCACUGCUAGGACAAGCUCAGCUAUUGAGGACACCCCCACCCCAAAUUUCAGUUCUUACGUGAUUUUAACCAUUCAACAUGCUGUUGGGUUUUAAUUCUCUAAUUAUUAUUAUUAUUGUCAUUAUUUUUUAGGACCAGUUGUAGUGAAUUGCUACUGAAAGCUAUCCCAGGUGAUACAGAGCUCUUUGUAAACCGCAGUCACACAUUAGGGUUAGUAUUAAACUUUGUUUAGAUGUACCAUAAUUAACUUGGCUAGUUGAUUGUUUGAAGUCUAUGGAAGAAAUAGUUUUAUGCAAAAUUUUAAAAAAUGCCAGUCUGGUCAGGGAAGUAGGGGGUUUCAAUACUGUUGGGAACCAGGAAGGUGGGACAGCCAGCAGGUAGGGACAUUGUGUACCUCAGUUGUGUCACAUGUGAGCAAGCCCAGGUUGACCUUGUGAUGUGAAUUGAUCUGAUCAGACUGUAUUAAAAAUGUUAGUACAUUA